GAGCGUCUCAAACUGACGAGCAGCCACUGACUCAGGAUUCACGUCAGUUCUAUUCCCUCUUAAUCAUCUCUCAAUUGGAGUUGAACUCUUUUUAGGUGAUGGUAACGUCCAGGUACAUACUUUUUUCCCGACCUUGAAGAACGAACUCUUCACCGAAAACCCAACCAGGCCGCCAUAGCUCGCAGUGCAACUCGAGCUAUUGCACUUUACUACUCUCGUCCUGUCCGGCUUUUUAGACCGUCAAAAGUCUCGGGAUGGCAGAUGUUGAGAGGGAUUGCUUCGCAAGAUGGGUUGGGAUUGUCACCGCAGUUCGUCAGAUCCCUUAUCCAAACACAAGGAUUUACAGUCAUUGCUAAACAUUUUAUUCCUCCACUCCUCGUCAACACCCUACUCGGAACAAUACUGUUCGCGACAUAUACAGAAACCUCUCAAAUCCUGGAACCUCGUAUCGCAAAUCACCCGACGCUGACAGCCGCAAUAUCUGGAGGGGUUGCUGGUUGUGCACAAGCUCUCGUAGCUGCACCCGCAGAAAAUGUUAGACUACUUGUAGAAGGUGGGACGGUGUAUCACUCUUGGUCUCAUGCCUGGAAAGACGUCUUCCGCGGCACUGAACUACGCGGUGGCAAGUCAAGGACAGAGAAUAUUGGAGAUGUCCGUGAAAUUCGACGUUGGAUGAAAGAGGUCGGGGAGAUGGCCGGCCGGGGUUGGGAUGGCUGGGGAUGGACCUGUAUAAAGGACGCAUCAGGCUUCGCGAUAUUUUUCUCGGUCUUCUCGAUUACCAAGCGACUGGCCACGGAUGCGCGAGCUCACUCAGAAUCCACCUUAAAACGGUGCGAGAAGAGAGAAACGUUUCAUCAUCUCAUUCCUCGCGUUCUUUACGGAUUUUUACUAGUAUCAGGAGGGGUACUCGCUGGAUUUAGUUAUGAACUUACCAUUCGCCCUUGGGAGUAUGCCAGAAAUACGGCAAGACUCGCUUAUUUACACCACCUGGCGCAUCCAGGUGAGCCCUCAACCUCAAUCCCGAUCAUCCUCGUACGGAAGUUUCGUGAAGACUGGCGUGCAUUCUUCCGCGACCCCAGUGCCUCCAUUCCACCUGGUACGGCAAUAUCACCCAGUAGGCGACGUUUAUUAUAUGCAUUAAGGUCCCUCGUGAGGGUUGGGCCCUGGGGCGUGUCGUUUCUGGUUUGGGAAAUAUUCGGACCUACACUAGAUGAAUGAACCUACUACUCUUACUCAGAGACUAUACUUCUCUUACCUAUCAAUUGAAAGAACUAGAUUUUCAAUGUCCUGAUUUGGUCCUCUUACCACGGUUCGAGCUCA